AUGAUGACCGGUUUGACCAGUCAGGAUCACCGUGAGCUAUUAAAAAAGUAUUUAGUUCAUCUUCCGCACCAAUUUCAUUAUGAUUUUAGUGAUGCUGCUAGAAUUGAUCUAAGGCGAGCUUUAUAUUAUGCUGCUGCUGAUGGAGGGCGCUACAUACGUGCAUUUUUCCCAGAUGUCGAUGAAGAUCAAUUACCCACUUAUGCUCAAGUAUUGAUGCCAGAUAAAUGUCAUAAGAAGUGCUCACAAGAGUUUUAUUUGAAAAGAGGCGAGAAUGUUGAUCCACGUCACCCAAAUCGAUCUUGUGGACGUAAAUUUAAAAAAGGUGAACCAGUUUAUAGAUGCGUCACAUGUGGUCAUGAUGAGUCUUCAGGACUUUGUUUAAACUGUUACAAUGAAAAGUUUCAUAAAGGUCAUGAUGUUAUUAUGAGUAUAUGUCAAAGAGAAUUCGGAGGUGUAUGUGAUUGUGGCGACCCAGAAGCGUGGAAAUCAAAAGUCCACUGUGAUCAUUUUGAUGUUGAAGAAACUAGUGAUAGUGAUUUUCCAAUUGACUUUAAAAACUCACUAUAUGAUACGAUAGAGAUUGUUCUUGAUUAUAUUGUUGAUGUCAUGGCAGGCUCUUCGUCGUCUAUCCUGAAGGGUAUCAGAGAUAGUCCAGCAAAAAUCAUCGAAGAAUCUCAAAGAUCAACUUUGCUAUAUGAGAAAUACAAAGGUCAGGACUGGAAUUCGGAAAAAUUCUAUUUAUUAUUGUACAAUGAUCAAAACAAACAAUACAGAGAUGCCAUUCAAAGAGUCGCACUUACAACGGAAAAAGUUUUAGACUUUGCAACAAUGGUCGCUGAUGAGGUCCACCAACAUGGGAGAGCAAAAGUGAUUGGAUCAUCGGAUAUCGAGACAUUACUUAAUGCCCAAAAAACUUUAGAAGCCACAGGCUUAUCAAGUUGCAUCAGAAGUGCCCGUGAUAUAUUCAGGGAAGAGAUGUGCGCUGAUAUGGUUCAAUGGUUGACAGAUAUUGCAAAUGGUUCAAUCAGCGGGAAUUACAACGUUUCAAGAGAUUUGCUGCUGAGGGCGGUAUGCAGCCCCUGGAAUACAGGUGUAUCAUGCUAUCCAAUUCCUGAGGGGCAUCCCAUUGGUUUUUUGGACUUGGAUAUGAUACCCAACGUGGCCAUCUCCUCUAGAGAUUCUUCGAAUCCCAAAAGUGAGAACUGGAAAUUCACACCAACAAGCUGGAAUGUUGAUGGCGAGCUAGCUAAUGAAUGUGGAUAUGAUGUUAAUUUUUCAUUCAAUCAUCAGGAUAAGAAAUCUUUCCACGGUUCAAAAUUUCAAUACUUGCUAUUCUUUGAUAUUCGGUACUGGAAGUCAUUUAGGGUUGAUCUUCAUAAUCUCUUCAGCUCAGUAUUAACAGCCAAUUUAACCUAUAGACCACUACUUUGCUGCCAAUACCUAGAUAUUUAUCCUACUAUGCUGGAGUUGUUUUUUCUUCAUGACCGAGAACCAGAGUCCAGCUGUAUGACUUCAAUGAAUCAAAUAUUAACGCCAUUCGGAACAGCCACUAUGAUUGCUGACCAUGGUGACCUGACAAGGCUUUUAGCUGCUGCUUAUAGUUUUCUCACUUCGUUAUCAGUCAGACGCCCCUGUGAUGUUGACACUUCCAUGAAUCUAGCACCAACUGCGUUCAAAAAUAGGAAAGUGGGUCAAGUGUUUUUUGAUAUUUGUUGUAUUCUGUUGAAGUCAGAUAGUGUUGAGAAUAUAUUGACUUCUCAAUUCAUCAAUCAGGUCUGUGAUAUUCUUGAGUUGUUUCAAGGAAGACCAACGCUAGAAAGAGAAGCAGUGGAACAUGUGGAGUACGAGUCUACUGAUUAUGGACUUUAUUUCAAUAUCUAUUCUGUCAUUUCUUCAUUAUCGGAGAUGGUUGCUAAGACAUUUUUGAAGCCUAAUAAUAAAUCCACUCCAGAAUUAAUAACUGUUGCGUUUUCAAGGCUUCUGAUUCUUUUGCAUUCAAAUCAAGGAUCAAAUGGGUCCAGUGACAUUACAGAUUUGAUUUACAAAAAUAUUGACACUCUAGAAGGAAAGUUGAAUGUGACAGACUUCAAAGUUCAUUCCUCAAAAGUUAGUUUUCUUCACCCAAUGCAUGCAUUCCUGACAUGGAUAGUUCAAUAUUCUGGUAUUACCGACUUAGCCCAAUUGGAUGACAAUUUUAGGUCAAAUUCUGUUGACGAGAUGGCAAGAGUUUUAGUUGAACACCCUCUUAGAGUAAUAGUGAUGUUAUCUCAGAUCAAAAUAGGGUUCUGGGUUAGGAAUGGUUUCAGUAUACGUACACAGCUACACAUCUACAAAGGAAGUGGUAUCAGAGAAUCUGGUUAUCGAAGAGACUUAUUUAUGAUUCAGUUCUUGGCCAGUAUUGCUAACUCUGAAAUGAUUUUGAUGUCUAUGUUUAGCAGAUGGUCGUUGCUCCCUUGGCUUAAAGAAGAUUUUGGAAAUCAUGAUGAUUAUGAUGCUGCUGAGCUACCAUUGAUGGUUGAAGAAUGCCUUUUAUUUUUCAUCCACCUCUUAUCACAAACCUCAUACUAUUUUGAUCCAACUGAAGUGAUAGAUCAAAGGCUUUCAACUGAGAUCAUCCAUGCUUUGUGUUUCCAACCAUUGACUUAUUCCAAGUUGUGUUCUGAAGUACCAGACUUUCUUGUCCAUGAAAAGCGCUUUGAUUUGGUGCUGAAGAAAGUUGCAAAUUAUGAACCUCCAUUAUCAAGUAAUCAAUCGGGUAUUUAUAAGCUCAAAGAAGAAUUGUUCAGCCAGGUGGAUCCUUAUUAUAUUCAUUACAAUUCUAAUAAAAGAGAAGAAGCUGAAAAGGCGAUGAAAGAGAGAAUUUCAAAAAAGAAAAAGGUCCCUAGUACGGAAACAUUCAUCACUCCAAGUUUGAAGUCGCUUGAAAAUACAGUGUUCAAAGAUUUGUUUCGUUUCACCUCCUCCAAAAAUUUUGUGCAAUUCUUGAAGUCAACGUUGAAAUAUGUGAAUAAUGAGGGAAUAGCUAAAACAGAUACAAUGCUUAACUUUGCUUUGCACCUCAUUCAUAUUGCAAUCGAAGGUAGAGAAUUGAAGUACUCAAGGGAAUUUAGUGAAAAUAUUUGGUCUGAACUUACAGCUGACCACAAUGAACCAUUUUAUUACGAAAGUGUUGGUUCUUUGUUAUAUAAAUUUUUGAAGGAUGAUGAUUACGGCUUACAUCAUUCUAAAAUUAGGGAAAUAUUCAGAACGUUAAAAGAUAAGGACAGAACGGUGGAUAGUUAUUUGAAAGAACAGGUUCAAAGUUUUGAUGCUUCAAUUUUAGGAUCAGAUUUUCUUUCUCCACCACCAACUGCUUCAUCUGAAUUUGAGCGCAAAAAAAUACUGGCCAGAGAAAGAAGAGCAAAGAUUAUGGCCAAGUUCAAACAGCAACAAUGUCAAUUUGUGGAAAAGAACAAACUUGAUGGGGAUGGUAAUGAUACCGAUACUGAUGCAGAUAUGGUGGAUAAUGAUGAAGAGGUGAAAGGAUGGCUUUAUCCGGAGGAACAUUGCAUUUUAUGUCAAAUGCCCAAGGGACCUGAUGAGUUUUUUGGUGUUGUUUUCAAUGCGUCCGCUUCAUCGUCUGCUAGAACUGUUCCUUUUGAGGAUAAAUAUUGGACAUUGAAAGCUUUUGAUGAAUCCAAUCAUGACAACCCGAAGUUGAGUCGGUAUUAUGAUGAUGUUAGGUCAAAACAUGUUAUUGGUCCAGCUUUCCCUAUGAACGAGCAUGAUUGUACGUUAAGCAGUGUUGUUGCUUCAAGCUGUGGUCAUGGUAUGCAUUAUUCCUGUUAUCAGAAUUACCUUGUCUCAACAAGAAGUCGCCAAACACAAAUCACCAGAACAGUUCCUGAAGAUUUUGAGAAUCUUGAAUUCAUAUGUCCUUUGUGUAAAUCCUUAGGAAAUCUAUUUGUUCCGAUUCUUUGGACGCACAAUAAUCGGUCGUUGAAAGAGUUUUUGAAACCGCAAGAAAAUUGGCAUGCUGGAUUUGAUUCAUUGAGGUAUUCAUCAUUUUCAGAUUCGGAAUCAGAACUUACCCAUAUUUUAGCUGAUGAUGCUCUUUCCUCGCUAAAAUCACAAUACAAAAGCUUGAUUUUGCAAAAUACUAUUCCUAAAGCAUUGCGUGAUAUAACCUCAAGAAUUUCAAAGCGUAUAGGGGAGCUUUCUCAACCACAUUUUAGAGAAUAUUUAACCAAACUGAUUUCCAACACCAUUUCCUCUACAGAAAUAGCUCUAAGGAGAACUGAUUCUGAGAUCAAUGUGGCUUCGAAACUAUCAAAUCAAACUUUGACAACAUUAAGAAUACUUGUGGAGUUCAAGAAAACUUGGUUUGCUAUACUUUCUCAUUACCAACACCAUAAGUUGCCAGAAGAGAAUGUUCAAGUAAAAGUUGCAGAUGAAUGUCUAGGAAAGUUGGCUUACUUAUCAAGUGAUAAGGUCUUUGAAGUUUUUGACGAUCUUGAUUUCUUUGAGAUGUUGGUUUCAUGUGUUCCAUCGAAUAAUAUUUCGGACAACUCAAUUCAAAGGUUGUGUUAUACUGGGCUUUUGAUUCAAAUAAUAGCAACUUUACUUUCACAACUUAAAGGCAGUAUGUUUGAUGAAAAAGUCGGUCUUUUUGAUUUGAGUCUCCUAGAAGUAUCAGAGAACACAAGCUCAAAUAUUCUGGGUCUAGCUAGACAAAUCAGAGAUAAUCAUCCAGUGUUUGAUAAUUUACCUGAUGAAGUAUUUGAAGAUGUGAGGUUUCCGAAUUUGUUAUACACCUUGUUGGUUCAUUCUAUCACACCUUUCUUGAGAAAGGUCUCUAUCUGGUGCUUAGCUUCAUGUGCAAAUUUGGAUAGUGUGGAUUUGGAUCAGUACUAUGAAGAUGAUAGUGAAGCUAUUAGGUUGGCCAAGUUUUUGAAUCUACCCACUGUGGAGGAGCAAUUAGAAUUGUUCAACCAACCAGAAACUGUCGAGAAUUCCAAAUUUUCAGGCUUUGUUCAAUAUAUCCAAACCACUGAUAAUGAUCUAAGGUUUUCUAAGUUGGAAUAUCCAGGUCUUGUGAAGCUUAUCGAUAUCCCAAAGAGGUUGGAUGACAUUUUUACAAAGAUCAUAUAUGUCAAGCCAGAAUUUAAGUCGAUUAUAGGGUUUGAUCCUGCUGUUUGUUUAUUCUGUGGAAAGAUUGUUAAUCUGCAGAAAAGUGCGUACGAAGGAAACAAAGGUGAAUGUAAUAAUCAUUAUGAGAAUGAGUGUCUGAAUGAUUUCGGGAUGUUUCUAUUGCCGAAACAUAGCUCAAUACUGUUACUACAUAAAGGAAAUGGUUCCUUCCACCCUGCACCCUAUAUUGAUAGUCAUGGUGAAUAUGAUUCGGAUGCUAGACAAGGUCAGAUUUUAACGUUAAGUGAAGAUAAAUAUGAUAACUUUAUAAAACAAAUGUGGCUUCAACACGAUACACAAAACUAUGUCACUAGAAAGUUGGAAGGAACACUGGAUAUAGGUGGAUGGGAGACAUUAUAG